AAAGUGAUCUAUAAAUACAAAAAGGAAAAGAAGGGAAGAUUCUCAGGCGAAGGAAGGCAAGCAAUGGAGGUCUAAAGCUGGCUGACUCUAUCCCUACCUCCCCGAUAAAGCAAUUUCACCAAUUUCACUUCAAUUCUUCAAACGCCGUCGUUUCUGCACUCCUCCGAUUUCCUCUCCGCUCCCUCCCAUCGGCGUUGCCUCAGUCCGAUUGGCAGCUUUGUGGAUUGACAGAGUUGCAUCAAAGGGCUGCAGCAACAUCACUUUAAGUUAUCUGUAACUAUAAAAAUUUGUUUCUCUUCUCCAUCUCUUUGUGCUGUCCGCCAAAUUGGUUUUCUGCUUAUGUCUUCGACCUGACUGAUAUCAAAUUGAUGUCAAAUCCGUGAAUAGUUACGAAUCAGAAGUGACACGUAGUGGGAUAAACGCGGCAGCCUUGUUUUAGAGUUCUAUGCUUUCUUUUCCUUCAUUGUGUUACUGGACUUAGAUGGACGUUCCCUCAGUGGAACUAAAUCGUGAAAGUGAAGGAGACUCUUAUCCUUUAUUAAUGGCACGGCCAGAAAAUUCUAACAGCAGCGAGCAUAUCAUUGACAUAACUGGUACUGGUGAUUCUGCCCCCUCUGGUUUGCCUCAUGGUAGGAGUUCAAAUGGCUUAAAUUCAUUGCAGCCUGAAGAUAGACCUUCAAGUAGUACACGAGUUCCCUUGUCUCAACCUUCAAUUUCUUCUACUGGAUCAAAUUCUAGAAAUUCCUCAUUCAUAAGAAGAGGAGAUGCACGACGUCGUAGAAGUCCAUUAAAUUCUGGCCUAUGGAUAUCUAUUGAAUUACUACUCACUAUGAGCCAAAUUAUUGCAGCUAUUAUUGUCUUAUCAUUGUCAAAGAAUGAAAAACCUCGUGCCCCUUUGUUUGCAUGGAUCGUGGGAUAUGCAUCUGGAUGUGGUGCCACCCUUCCUCUUCUCUAUUGGCGUUAUCGACACCGCAAUCAGGCUUCAGAACAAGAUUCUCUUCAGUCCAGCCAGAAUUCUUCUCGCAUUAAUGUUCCUGCUGGGCCAUUCUCUCUUUCAGUUUCAAGGGCAUCAGAAGGCGAAGAACUUCAGCAUCCUGCCCCAUCUCCUAGAGGCAGUCAAGGGUCAGGAGUACUAUCAGCAAGAUUAAAAGUAUUGGUUGAAUAUUUUAAGAUGGGCCUGGAUUGCUUCUUUGCUGUUUGGUUUGUAGUUGGUAACGUUUGGAUCUUUGGAGGGCAUUCAUCCGCCUCUGAGGCUCCUAACUUGUACAGGCUAUGUAUAGUGUUUCUUACCUUCAGCUGUAUUGGUUAUGCCAUGCCCUUCAUUCUGUGUGUAACCAUCUGCUGUUGCCUACCUUGUAUAAUUUCCAUCCUUGGCUUUAGAGAGGACUUGACGCAGACCCGAGGAGCCACAUCAGAAUCUAUUAAUGCAUUACCAACUUAUAAGUUUAAGCUGAAGAAAAGUAGAUGUGGGGAUGAUAGAGAAAACAACUCUGGGGCUGGUGAAGGGGGAGGGGUUGUGGCUGCUGGAACUGAAAAGGAGCGAGUGAUUUCUGGAGAAGAUGCUGUCUGUUGCAUCUGCCUCGCAAAAUAUGCUAACAAUGACGAACUGAGAGAGUUGCCGUGUUCACACUUUUUCCACAAGGACUGUGUAGAUAAAUGGUUGAAGAUCAAUGCACUGUGCCCCCUUUGCAAAACCGAGGUCGGUGAGAGUCUUAUCAGCUCUCUUGAGGGGACAAACAGACAACAACAGGGUGAUUAGCGAGGGGAGUGGCUAGAAUACAUUGUGCCGGGUUUUACACAAGUUCCCUGGGUGGGUUCUGCAGGAAUUUGAAAUUUCACUGAUGGAAAUGUAGUAUGUGCAAGCUCAUCCUUUCUCGAGCCGUUCGACCUUAUUUUUGGAUUCUUAUGCGGCAUUCGUUAGAGCCUUGAACAAGUUCCUCUUGUAGCAAAUCCAUCCAUUGUCAAUAUAGGCAGGGUUAUAUGGUGCAUGCUGGAUGUUCUGAACGAGGAGAGUUCGUUCUGCGACUGCUUGUUUCAACAGGAAGUGAAGUGAAAAUUGCAAAUGUUGCAAGGUUUAUACUUGUAUAAUCACCACUCCUUGCUCUUGUUUUACCCUCUUCAAUUUUGUGGUAUAAUGGCUAUUGGUAAUGAAUAAUGAGUAGAGUAUACUGUGCAAGUCUAGUAUAAUAUAUAUAUGUUUGCAAGUUCACCCA